CUUGACGCAGGCGCAGAGCUCAUUCUGACCUGCAGCAGCAGAGCAGCAGCAUCUGAACCGUCUGCAACAAAAGAAACCAGCAGAACAAAGAAGAUAAAUCACAGAAAGCUUUAUUUUCUCACCGGAAACAAGAAGAUCCAAACAUGCUGAAGUCCAACAGCCAAUACGACUCCUUCCUCUUCUGGAGGCAGCCAAUCCCGGCCCUCGACCAGUCGGAGCUGGAGGAUCUGGGAUUGGCCAACGCUCAGCCGGCCAAUAGCAUCACAGGAAAAGACAAGUCGUCCUCACAGAGGAGUCAGGAGGAGGAGGUCGCCCUUACGGAGUUUUCCUCCUUUAACUACUGGAGAGCUCCCAUCGCCAACGUGGACGCUCUGCUGGCCGACCUCAACCUGCUGCUCUGAAACACAUCCCACCAUCACCUGACCUCUGACCCCAGAUCAGCCUCCUCCAUCACCUGACCUCUGACCCCAGAUCAGCCUCCAUCAUCACCUGACCUCUGACCCCAGAUCAGCCUCCAUCAUCACCUGACCUCUGACCCCAGAUCAGCCUCCAUCAUCACCUGACCUCUGACCCCAGAUCAGCCUCCUCCAUCACCUGACCUCUGACCCCAGAUCAGCCUCCAU